AUGCUGCUCGACGAGACUCGUCCCGCGUCUGAUGUGGAGAUCUAUUUCGCCCGCUCUCUAGGAUUCGGCCUACUCACCAUCGCGGUGUUGACUGUCAUGUUGACCGGCUCCAUUCCCUUAACCUCGACGCUCUCCGAACCCGUCACUGCGGAUGACUCCGAUCCCAAAGCCCCCUACGCGGUGCCCACGCUGACCGUGACGUCCGUGUUCCAUGCCGCUUCCGCGAUCUAUGCGUACACCUGGUAUCUGGCCACGGAUAAGGCUGUCUUUGCGGUUGCGUUGGUGGGAUCGUCCGCGGUAGCAGCGGUUGGGCUCUGGUGUGUACUCUUUGCGAGCAGCCGUGGGAAGAUCAGCCGGAAGACGGGCGCAGAUAAGCGUACGACGGGAUUCCCGUUCAAGAAUAAAGAAGCGGCAAAGAAGCAUGCGCGGAAGGAGUUAUGA